AUGGAAUACGUCGAAAGAAUAAUCUCGUGGACCCUGAGUGCCCGCCGAGGCCACGAUGCCGGCCUAAUCUCAAAAACAAACCCAUUCACAACCGUCGCCGAGCCAACACUCGCGCUCGAAUGUCCCGACAUUGGCGACUCUGGAUCCAAAAUCCCUCCCAAAUAUAGCUUCUUCGAAACCGGCCAUUUCCCAACUCUCAAAUGGCCCGAAGCAGAACCGCUCGGUGUCAAGGAAUGGCUACUCAUUGUUGAAGACCCCGACGCACCUUUGGCGGAACCGGUCACGCAUGGCAUUUACUACUCCAUCUCGGCGUCCAAGACGGGUGUUUCGUAUGAGGAUUUUGAGGAUUUGGGAGAUUUCAAUCUCAAGGGUGGUUUCAAAUACGGCUUGAACCGCCGAAAGACUGUAUAUAUUGCUCCGCGCGGAUUGCUGGGCCAUGGCCCUCAUCGAUACUUUUUUGAAAUCAUUGGUCUUAGUGAGCCGCUCGAUACGGCUGGACUCAGCUCUCCUGCUACAAAAGAAGAAGUUGUUUCGAGAAUUGAUGGAAAGGUGGUUGCUUGGGGCCAGUGGACUGGGGUGUGGGAGAGGACAUGA